AUGUCGGGCCUCGACGAGCUUUCAGUAGGUGCAGCAUUACGAAAUGAUCGAAAAGACUCCAACGCAAUGGAUCUAUCGGAUGGGCUGAUCCCGCGAGCACUUAAACACCUCUUCUCUCUUUUGGAGCAAGCAUCAAUCGACGUGAAGACUGUCGUUCGUGCGUCGUACUGUGAAAUUUACAAUGAACAAGUGUUCGACCUACUCAACCCGGGAUCAGGGGGACUGAACGUGCGAUGGAACGCACGCGUCGGCUUCUACGUCCAGGACCUUCUUGUCGUGCGCUGUGACUCGCUUUCUGAUGUGCUAGCUGUUGUCGCCGAGGGUCAUCGAAAUCGUCGCGUGGCAUCACAUAAGACAAACGCCGAUUCAAGCCGCAGUCAUUCGCUGCUAACUGUCCAUGUGGAUCGAACUGAGACGCGCGACUCGGACAGCGGGAAAAGUAAUGGCAUCACCCGGUACGGGAAAAUAAGUUUUGUGGAUCUUGCUGGUAGUGAACGACUAAAGGAGACAAAGUCCAGUAAUGCCGAAGAAACUAGCAAUAUCAACCGCAGUCUUCUCACCUUGGGAAAGGUUAUCUCAGCAUUGGCAAUAUCAUCAACAGGAGGAAAUGCCGGUGCAGCGAGCGUUGGUAGUUUUAUCCCAUACCGCGACAGCAAGCUAACUAAACUAUUGAUGGAUUCACUUGGUGGUCAGAGCUUGACCCUUAUGAUUGCAUGUGUAUCUCCGUCGGCGGUAGCACUGGAGGACACACUUAGCACGCUGAACUAUGCUACCAGAGCCAAGAAUAUUCGCAACAAGCCGGUGGUUCAAGUGGACCCCAUUGAGUUGGAACUAAACAAUCUGCGGCAUGAAAACCAUGUACUUCGAACUGAGAAUCAUGCACUUCGCCUUCGGCUACAACUUGCUGGCCCGAUGUCGAAUCAAUCUGCUAAUCAGUUCUUACGACAGCCUAGUCUAGCGUCCGUUUCACCUUUGCGGCGCAAUCAGCUCCAGGUCCUUCAGGACGACCAUGAUAAGCUGACACAACGGGCUCUCGUAGCAGAACAACGUCUUCAGAAAAUUGAAGCUGAGAACAGGUCUUUCCGACAGCGUCAAAACGGAAUGAGCGGUCCAAAUAACGAGAUGAGGUAUUUGCGAGAACAGGUGCAGCAGCUACAGCAACGCGAGCAGGAGCUGAUGCAGGCUUUGGUACUCUCGACGAAGUCGAGGGCGGCGCGAUGA